AUGAUUAGAAAAUUGGAUUCAAUCAACUCAGCAGCUGUAACUUUUGUACCAAGGAUACAUCGGUCAAAGCUACCAGGUUUCCGAUCACCGGAAAGUGAGAAAUACAGCGAAGAAGUGGAGGCGAUGGCAUGGCCACGCCUCAUUCUAUGUAGAGUGAGCCUACCCGGCGUUGACAGCUAUAAAGAUUGUCCUUGGGACGCUAUUCAGGAAGCCACCGUCGUGGAUAAGAAUGGGGAAUGGCCACAACCCUUUGAGGAUGGGGAUGUUCGGACCUACCUGGAGGUCUUCAAGGACCCGAUGCUGAAGAUGUGGCAUGCCUGA